CAAAAACUGAAGAAGCCAAAGUUGAGGAGCUCACUAAAGCUCUUGCCGACUCUGGUGCCAAGGUUUUUAUGAGUGGGGCUGCGGUUGGAGACUUAGCAUUGCGUAUCUGCAAGCACUGCAAGGAUGCGUUCUUCAUCUACCAAAAUCAUGAUGGUGAAAGCAACAGGUGGCCCAAGGAGAGAUCCACCAGCCCCUAUGGUCGAAAGAUACACUUCUCUUAAUGACUGAAAAAGAUUUGAGCUUGAUUCCUGCACGCAUAUAUUUUUUGGUGGGAGGACAUUCUAAAAGAUCAUGACCUAGAGAAAGUGGACCUGAUGUUGAAUUCGGCCCCAGUACCCAACAGUUGAAUGUUCCUUCCUUGAGAGGACUUCCUGAUCGUCAUUUCAGAUAUCGGAAAGAGUUACCCACACCCCACGGUUACACUGCAUCCAGUCGCACAGAAGAAGGAUUUGAACUCCGCGUGCCCGAUGUCGCUUGCGAUGACCAGAACCUGUGUCUACGCACACGCCGAUGGUCUUACCGGACACCAUCCGGAUGAUAAAGUUACUACGCCCAAACUCCGUUUUCUAAUCGUCACUUGUCGGUAGCAGAAUCCGACCACGGUUACAAAAGACCAAGAAUGCUGGUGAACGUACCGAGUGCACUAGCAUCGGCUUGACAAAAGCCCCCCUCACUUGCUCGUGUUAUUUGCCCCGGCGGUGCGCAGAACCGAGACAACUUAUGAUGGGCAAUGCCCGAGCUUUCUGCAUUCAGUGAAAUAUCCAGUUUGCCUUCUGAAACACCCACGUGUCUUGUGUUGACUCCGAAAUUUGCUUCUUGAAGAAUCGAGGAGUAGGAGGUCACUUCAGCCUCUGCAGGAACAGUAAGCUGAUCUGACCAUUAAUCAUCGUUGUUGGUCAUGUGUGUGCAGUCUUCUACUCCAAGACCCAGUGGAGCAAUCGAGGACAACUUUAUUCCCGGGACCAUACCAAAACUAGACCUUUUCGGUUCAUCUUCAACCCAUCGGGAGCGAAUACAGAGGCUGACUGAUGAAGCGCCAAAUUUGUCUUCAGAUGAGAAUUAGAGAGGAUUAUUUUUGUUGUUGUUAUUAUUAUUUCUUUGUUGUACCCCCCCUUGUUUUGGGUCAUGUUUGACGCUUGGGAGGAUUCAGGGUGUUUUCUGGUGGGGUGGAUGACAAGAUUCUCACCAACCCAGAAAGCAAAAAAGGCAUGUUGAUACACACCAUUCCACACUGAAGACUGCCAAGCUCUGACGCCACUUUUGCUGGUUCAAACUCCACCACGGCCACCACCACCACCUGUAGGAGUGCCAUGGAUGGCAGUACCCGGGCCACCACAUCCCACUCUUGCACUCGCUCCGCGACUUCCAUCAUUAGUGCAGUGGACCAAGGAGAAAAAGGGCCAACCCACUCAGCUCCACUUCCCUGCAAGAUAGACAUGGCUGAAAUAAAGCUGAAUCAAGCAAGACCAGCAGAGUACAUUAAUGACCGGUAGUCCCGACUCCUUGGAUUAUUCUCUUCACCCAUCCUACUCCCUCCCUCGGCCAAGCCACAAGGAAGGCCUCGGUUCCGUUCAAGAUAUCAGACUUUUUUUUAUCCUCUAACUCUUCAUAUACAAAAGAGAAACUCGAUUUACACACUUAUUUCUUCAUCCAUCUUUACCUUUUGGAGUAGAAGUUUGUAUUGGCUUUCUUUGUCCUUCCUAUCUUAAACCCAAUCGUGGGCCCUGUUCUAAGCAAAAACCUCAAUCUCUGUCUCUCUGUGUCAGUGGUAAUGUUAUCUUGGUGAGUUGUGUUGAUAGUAUCUGAACUAGAGGUAUUAAUGGGUAAUUGCUGGUUCAGAGAUCAAAUUUCCAUCUACAGAGUAUCAUCCAAUGCAAAAUCAGAAUCUCCAAAAGACCAGAGUCCUGUGGUGAAAGAAGAGGCAAAGGAGGAUAGCAAAUUGCCUUCAAACCCAGAGGAAGUCGAGGACUUGCGACGGGAUACAGCAACAAACCCCCUUGUAGCAUUCACUUUCAGUGAACUCAAGAAAAUCACAGGAAAUUUUAGGCAGGAUAAUGUUUUAGGUGUUGGGGGAUUUGGCAGAGUUUAUAAAGGUUUCAUUACUGAAGAUCUCAGGGAGGGGCUCCAAGUUCUUCAAGUAGCUGUGAAGGUCCAUGAUGGUGAUAACAGCCACCAAGGUCACAGAGAAUGGCUGGCUGAAGUCAUAUUCCUUGGGCAACUUUCUCAUCCAAAUUUGGUCAAACUGAUUGGUUACUGCUGUGAAGACGAGCAUCGAGUUCUAGUGUACGAGUUCAUGGCUCGGGGCAGCGUGGAAUCCAAUCUCUUCUCAAGUAUCUAUUCAGGAGUACUGCUCCCCCUUCCUUGGUCUAUCAGAAUGAGAAUUGCAUUAGGUGCGGCGAAAGGGCUUGCAUUUCUCCAUGAAGCUGAAAAGCCAGUUAUAUACCGUGAUUUUAAGACGUCUAACAUUUUGCUAGACCAGGAAUAUAAUACAAAACUUUCUGAUUUCGGACUUGCGAAAGAUGGGCCGGUAGGUGAUAAAUCUCAUGUCACAACUCGAAUAAUGGGGACCCAUGGAUAUGCAGCACCAGAGUAUAUCAUGACAGGGCAUUUGACAGCCAUGAGUGAUGUUUACAGCUUCGGCAUCGUCCUCCUUGAGCUCCUCACCGGAAGGAAGUCACUGGACAAGUCACGACCGGUGCGAGAGCAGAUGCUUGCCGACUGGGCUGCACCAUUGCUCACUCAGAAGAGGAAGGUGAUGGGUAUGAUAGACCCCAGGUUAGGCGGAGACUACCCAGACAAAGCCGUGCAAAAGAUAGCAAUGCUGGCUCACCACUGCCUUAACCGCAACCCAAAGGCAAGGCCUCUUAUGAGAGACAUCGUCUGCUCCCUGGAGCCUCUUCAGGUAGCUGUGGACGUCCCAGUCAUGGAAGCGAUUAACCCUUAGCUCCUGCUGUUACUUCCUCAAAGCCAUGGUGCGUGUGUCAACCAUUUGCACGGUGUUGUUCGACUGAGUUGAGGACGAAGCAGUGAACCAAAUUCUAGCUAGAUUUCCAAGAGGUCUCAUUUCUUCUGGAGGGUGGAUAAAAGAAUAGUAUUAGCCCUUGUCAAGGUCAAAAUUUGCAUUAGGUACCGGGGAAAGAGCCCUAGAAUUUUGGCGUCAAGCUUCUUCUCCAUGGCACGAGGUUGAUGGAAGCUAUUUGGUGCCUGUGCUGAAGGCUUACGAGUCUCUUCACCAAGAAUGGGAGUUAGAUCAGUGUCAUGUCUGUUCGUCAUGCAGUUAAAGAUCUUUGUAACUGCAAUUUGAUGCAUAGAUAUUUUUAAUUCAGAAUCAUGUUCUAAUUAGUGAUGUCUUCUUUA